CUUUGUGAAAAGAUCCCUUUAUACUUUUGGAUAAUUGUAAUGAUGAAUAUCCUCAUUUCCAUAUACUAUCUUAUAAGUUUUUGCGUUUAUAUAUUUCAGCUAUUGUAAAUUAAUGCAUCCUCCUGACCUAGAUGCUUUGGUUGUACUUAUCAGACUAAAUCUGCUCAUUGUGCUAUUUUUAGAUUAUCGAAGUAUAUAGUGACGACGAUAUGGAUCCAAAUAGUGGUGACAACCAAAUUACACCAAAGAAACAGUCUGGGCAAGGUCGGUGUGACACACCCAGAAGGACACCACGCAAAUACAAAUCGAAAUCACUUGAUGAGAACGUUAUGUCAGGUGGUGUUAUGCGGUGGACAGACCAAAUGGAUGACUGUCUCAUCGAUACAUUGAUGGAUGUGGUUGCGAACGGCCGCAAGAGUGCGAACGGAUUUAAGAAGGAAACGUAUAAAACGGUUGUGGAAAGUGUCAGGAGGGCACUAGGGAUAUCAGUUGUGGAGAAGCAUGUUGGUAAUCGCCUGCGAACACUAAAGAGGUUGUAUUUUGAGGUUCGGGACACCCUGAACGCGAGUGGGUUCGGUUGGGAUGACGACAAGAAGUUAGUUACCGCGCCAGAUGACGUAUGGGAUGAUUACAUACGGUCACAUCCCUAUGCCCAACAUGUUCGUAGAAAACCGGUAAGAAGGUAUGAUGACCUCGUGUUCUUAUUUGAAAGUGACUGAGCUACUGGACUUCGUGCUACAACUGAAAAUAUGCAUACUCAAAGUGGUACGAGAAAGUCUUGUUAUGAUGAUGUUACACCGACUGCAUCAGUUGAUCUUAAUGACGACAUACUUGUUCUGUCAAGUGACGAUGUUAGAGAUAGUGGACAUAACAUCCAAUAGUCAUUUCAAAGUUACGAUGGUGCGCAUAUUGCAACCAGAAGUCUAAUUGACAAUGGCAGCAACUCCGCCAACACGGGCAGCACAACUAGUUCUAAGAAGCGAGCCAGAUUAGAAUGCCCAUGCGACGUAAUUAGCAAAGGGAUGAGUGAGGUGGCAGAUGCUGUCAAGUCUCUAGCACUAACUAUACACAAAGGGAAAGACAUCAUACGUAUGGAGCAGAUUGUACCUGCACUGGAGCAGAUUGAUGGCCUCACAAGUAACGAGGUCUUAUGCGCAACUAGGAUCCUGUCCAAAGAAGAAAGCCAAUCUGCGUCGUUCCUUUCACUUCCCGAGUCUAUGAGGCUCGACUUUGUGCUGAUGAUACUUGCACCAGAUCAGUCUUUGGAUUGAUCUCUUCUAACUUAUCUUUUUAUCCACUAAUCUUCUCUUUUGGGGUGUUAUCUACAUAUGGCUGAUCAGCCGUAUGGUUUGCUGGACAAUAUUUUGGGUUUUCUGUUCAUCUAGUGAAGUGUACUAGCUGUUGAAGUGCUGGACAAACUUUUUGUUUUUUUCCUGAUCACGAGUUUUACUGAUAGAUGUGUGCUGGGAGGCACCUGGAUGACUAUAAUUUUUUGGAUGAUAACUGUUACGUUCUUGGAUUCAGGCCUGUAAUAAAUGCUUACUCCUCACUGCCUGAA